GCUGCGCUUGAGGGUUAAAAAUCUGCGCACAAUGUCAAGCAUAAUACAAUUCGAGGAUAUCUUUGUUGUUGAUAAGCUCGAACCGGAUGGUAAAAAGUUUGAUAAAGUUUCUCGCAUCGAAGCGCGGAGCCAGAACUGUGAUAUGUUCAUGCAGCUGGAUGUAAAUACAGAGAUAUAUCCUUUGCGUGUCGACGAUAAAUUCAUGAUGGCCUUAGCUCACACGUUGAAUUUGGACGGAACGCCUGACACCGGCUAUUACACUCCGGGGAGGAAGUCUCUUGCAGAUAAGUUUGAGUAUGUCAUGCAUGGGAAGCUAUACAAGAUAACAGACGAUGCUUCGGGGGGAGGACUUAAAGCGGAGUUAUACGUAUCAUAUGGCGGGCUUCUAAUGCUUCUCAGGGGAGAAGUUUCUCAUGUCUCCCAUUUCGAACUUGACCAGAGGAUAUUUCUUCUCAUGAGGAAGUUCUGAAACUUAGUUACAUUUAGCAUCUCCUUUUAAAUCGGAGAAAUUAUCUGAGUCUUACGAGUCUGUAUUAGCGUGAAGGGGAACACCACACGGCGUCGAAUUUCCAGCGCAUUAUGCUUGAGUAGUAAAUAACAAUAGAUUAUAUGCAUUUUCAUUUGAAAU